UAUGAGGCGCUGUCGUACUGCUGGGGCGGGGGAAAUGACAGAAUGGACGAGAUCUCCAGCGGGGGACUCAGUGGGUUCGUGGUUUCAGAGCAUCUCUGGAGAGCGCUAUGGCGUCUCCGACUGGAAGAUCACGACCGCCUUGUCUGGAUUGAUGCCGUCUGUAUCAACCAGGCGAAUGUGGACGAAAAGAACCAUCAAAUCUCGCUUAUGCGCAGGAUCUUUGCUACCGCAUUCCGCACCAUCAUCUGGAUUGGAGAUCUGGAGCCGGAU